UCACAUACUUCAAUAUAGCGUUGCGUGGCGACUUUGCUAUAGAACGGUUGAGUUUAGGUCUCUAUAAAAUUAAAUUUCAUUGAUAAUUUCAUCUUUUUUCGUCACGUAUUGAAAUAUUUUCCGUUGGAAGACGAAAUAAUAAACCACAGUGUAAAAUUCGCAGUAUCUUCUGGACAUACAUCGUAUCAACUUCCUAGCUGCAUCCCCUUACAGCCUUGCGGUAACACAUCAUUGAAACAAACACAUAAAAUGCAAUUUGAUGGCGCAACGUAAUAUAACGGGGAUUUUUAUGUGCCGGUCCUGCAUCAUCCCUAAACAAUGUUGUCGGGAUCAAUGGGCAUUAUGGUCCUGCGCAGCAUCCCUAUCGCAGCAUCCAAGGUCCUGACGAGGUGUGCCGAAAAGUUCAUUCUUUAACCCCCGUUUCUAGCAAGAUAAAAUCAAAAUAAGGGGUUGAAUCUACUCAGUGUUGAGGGUCAUGGUUUUGUACUAAUCUGAUCGUCUAUGAUAAUCUAGCACAAAAUGGAAGGCGAAAAAACUUAAACCAUUCGUUGGAACACUCCCAAAUUGAUAUGAGUAACGAUGACAGAUGUGGCUUCACCAACAGUGAUGUUAAUACUUAACUCCACCUCAACUUAUGAACAUGAGGACACUUUUCAGUUGGAAGAAGCUUCUUCAACAAUCCUUCCUCUCAACUCGUCAUCCAAGACGAUCGAAACCGUUUUCCACAAUGACAAAGGAUAUUACAUAGAUGACGAUGAUGAUGGUUUGAACGAUCUGCAAGUCCUCUUCUUGGCCUGCUUUCUCACCUUGAUACCGCUCAUAGUUUCUGUUGUUGCAGCCUUCGGAAUAAGGAUUUUGUGGGUGAAAUACAGUAAGAGAAGGAAAGGUAGCAGUUGUGAUGGGAUGCUUGACAGAGAUGGGACCACUGAAUCGAUCAACAAACCAUUACAUUCUCAUCUAUUAAGCAGUGAUAAGGUUUCAUGUGAUACUCACUUAGACAUGAGUACCGAAGAAGUAGAAAUAUGUGAUAGUACAGUUGUAAAUACUAGUCAGGUUAGGAGCAACCACUCUAGUACCAAUGGAAGUAUAAUAACAAUGACUCUGAAGAAUAAUCAUCUCAUUGUUGAAACUGAGGAGAGAAAUGAUUUGGAGGCAGAUAGUCGAGAAACAACAAUGAGGUAUUCUCCAGGUGCUAGAGAUGGAAUAUUUAUUGUGGAAGUUCAACAAGGGAUGAGAAGUAGUCCUACGAGCACCUCAAAUGCGUCAACUUCCAAUUUUAACAUAGCUGUGAACAUGAGUAACCAAUGUGCCGUUGUGCAUAACAAUGCUGAUAGUUCUAGCGAAGAAGCACAGAAUGAAGAACCAGACGACCUGGGUUACACAGAAAUCAGCCUUCCAGAACCAAUCGGAGUAGGCCGAAUCAAAACUGGUCUCACCCAGUCUAGCUCCAGUCUAAACAACCCAUCGUACCACUACACCAACCAACAGUGCUACGAUAACGAGGGCUACGGUUACAACUUAUACAACGGCUACGUGAACGACGAGCCUCUGAAAAGAACGCAUUACAACCAGAAGCUGAAGAUCACGUCGGCCAUUUACAAGAACCCUUCGAAAUCUAUGGACUUAGAUGCUCCUCCUGAUGGUUUUCUGCUGUCAGAUAUUAUGGCGGCAUCGGUUGCUGCUUCUGGUGAAGAUAGAAAGGUCCAGGAUGGCGUAAGGAAGACUCCAAGUGUGGAAGGUGAUACGAAGAAGGAGAUUGUUCCGUCUGUUGGUGCUAGCUAAAUUUAUUUUAUAUUUGAGGGCGAGUUGAAAAUAUUUUCUGCCUGGUACUUGUUAUAUGUUUAUGUCUGCCUUAUUUCCUUCAGUAACGGAUCUUAUUUUGAUAUAUUUUGUCUGUACAUUAGUUCAAAUUCUAUCCAUUUAUUUCACAGGAGAAAUAAUAAAUUUUUCACACUCAAUAUCACCACCCAACGAACAACGAUCUUCAGUUCAAAUCGUCAGUUUUAAAAAUGUUCCGUUUUGAUCUGAUCAGUCACGUGGUGGUGUUUCCUCUUAAGGAAUUAAUUAAUCCCAUAUGAAAGAGCGUGUUUAUAUAAUAUUUGCUCCAGUUUGAAGCCAAUAA